CUCUCCCCUCGCCCCUAACCUCUCUCCCUCCUUCCCUCUCGAUCGUGGCACGAAUUGGGUUUGAAAUCAAGGGAUCUUCUGAGGUUGCGGAGCGGCUAUGGAUUCAGGGACUCGGGAGUCAGGUCAGGCCGUGGCGACAGCUGAGGAAGAGUCUCUGAAAAGGAAUACCGAUUGUGUUUAUUUCCUUGCAUCGCCUUUGACCUGCAAAAAGGGAAAUGAAUGUGAAUAUCGCCAUAGCGAAGCUGCCAGGAUUAACCCUAGGGAUUGCUGGUACUGGAUGAACGGUAACUGCUUGAAUCCAAAAUGUGCAUUCCGGCACCCGCCACUUGAUGGCUUGAUAGGAACUCCAGGAGCACCUUCAGUGGGAAACCCCUCUAUGCCGCCUUUGCAAAAUGUAGCAUCACAAGUGCCUCCAGGCCAUACUCUUGCUUAUAGCUUGGGUAAACAACCUGUUCCCUGCUAUUACUUUCAGAAGGGGCUUUGUUUGAAGGGUGACAAAUGCACCUUCAUACAUGGCCCACAACCCAUCAGUGAUCCAUCCGCACAGCAACAAACAACAAAAGUUUCCGCCACUGUUUCUGAGCCCCAGAAUCGAAAGAAGACUUUUGUGGGCCUCCAAAGGUGUACUCAACAGCAGAUUGCCCUAGAAAACAUUGCCAAGACAGUUCAAGUUCCACUACCACCAAAGCAAGUUAUGAAUAUUGAAACCUCAGUGCCAAAUAAUGGUGUAGUUAAGAGAAAAAUACUGUCACUUAAUGCAUUGGAUGAUGAGCGUCUUAAAUAUGUAACACCAAAUGUUCCUCCUAUUGCUGGUGGGAAUUCUUUACUAAGGUCCCAGCAUAGUCGCCAGGCUCAGGCAUUUGAUGAUCGCUUUCUUCAGAAUGGUAAGGAGGCUGAUGAGUUAAGGGAAUCCUCUCCUGGUUUUGAUGUUCUUGUUAAUAAUGGACUCAGGGAUUCUGAGUACUGUCAAACUGGAGACGAGUACAAAAGAACAGCCAGCCAUGAGGGAAGGCGUUUGAACUCUGGGAAUGAUUUUGAAUAUGACCGUUCAGUUGAUUAUGCUCCGGUUGCUAAAUUUGACCAAGAACCAUAUGAUGAUCCAUGUGGCUAUGAUCCAUAUGGGCAGAUGCAAGAUCAGUUUGCUUCGGAACAGCGAAGGGCUUCAUCUGAGUGGAUAUCAAAAAGGCCAUCUAUGCCUGAAAAGAGAGGAUACCCUAGAGUUGGGAAGCUGGAUCAGAUUGCUGAGUCAGAUCUGCGCCAUCGGCUAUCGAAGCAGAGGAGGGUCAAUGAUUCAAGGUCGGCAGUUAGCCCUGACCAUCGUCGUGGUGACGUUCAUCGGAGGAAUGACCGUGAUCGUCACAUUCAGGAUCAGAGAAACCGGGGUCACUCUUGGAGAGAUUCACGCCAUAUGCCUCAUGAGAGUUCUAGAAGCAAUCGGCUGCAUUGUCGACUCACGCUUCCUAGGAGAUUUUCACCGGACAGCAAUCAUAAUGACUCGCAUCCAGGGAGGGAAAUGGAUAGAGGAAGAAACCGUGCCCGAUUGUCACCAGACAGGCCUUCAAUAUCCCCCCACGAGGGAAGGCACCAAGACAGAAUUAAAUGGCGAGGCGAGGAUGACUUUGGAGAGGCCAGAAAUACUAGGGGGGCCCUCAACAGAAGAGAUGGGGUGGAUUAUAACACUUCAGGUGUUACUGGUCCGAAAAGCUUUACUGCGCUGAAAAGUGCAAAGGUCUCAGAGUGCACUGAAGGUCGGCAUGCAAAGGUUCGACAGGUCUCGCCCCUGAAGGAGCAGAAAAACUUGAAGAUGGGAAAACUAGUGGGCUAUCAAGAAUCUGAAGGUUCACUUUCUUUUGAGGGCCCAAAGCCUUUGAGUGAGAUUUUGAAGAGAAAGAGAGAAGCAGAAACAGCAUCUUCUGGGAAUAGCACAGUUUCACGAAAUGGAGAGGUAGAUAGCCCAAGAGAGAGUGGGGAAAUCAUCACAGGCAGCCCAGGGACGUCAGAAGUUACAGAGACAGAGAUUGUUCAGACCUCAGAGCCUGCGAAAGAAGCCAAUCAUCAGACUCAGUCGGGUGGUAAGGAAGAAUCCAGGUCCUCGAAUGCUGAUCUAGUGAAAGCUGCUGGGGACAAUGAAGGUCAGAUCUAUUCAGAAGGUGAUAAUGUGGUUCACAAAGGUGACUCUUCGGAUGCUCAGAGGGGGACUGAGCUUGAGACAGAAAAUGCAAUUAUGUUUGAUGAUCCAAUGGAAGAUCAAGAGCUCGAAAACUUUGAUCACAGGGAUGGAGAUUAUGACUAUGAGCAGGCCGACGGUGGGGAUGAUGAAAAUGUGGAUCCAGAAGAAGAGUACUUUGAUGAUGAAGACGGGGAUGACUUUGCAAAGAGAAUCGGUGUCUUGUUUUCUUAGGAUGUUUGUCAUUUUUUGGUGUUGCAAGAGCCCAUAGGAC